AUGUGGGAACUUCGGUCUGCCUCCUUCUGGAGGGCCAUAUUUGCUGAGUUCUUUGCCACUCUCUUCUACGUCUUCUUUGGUCUGGGAGCCUCACUGCGUUGGGCCCCUGGGCCCCUACAUGUCCUGCAAGUGGCUUUGGCCUUUGGCCUGGCCCUGGCUACAUUGGUGCAGACUGUGGGUCACAUCAGUGGAGCCCAUGUCAAUCCCGCAGUCACCUUUGCCUUUCUUGUGGGUUCCCAGAUGUCCUUGCUCCGCGCCUUCUGCUAUAUGGUGGCCCAGCUUCUGGGAGCUGUGGCUGGAGCAGCUGUGCUGUACAGUGUCACCCCACCAGCUGUCCGAGGAAACCUAGCACUCAACACGCUGCAUGCUGGGGUAAGCGUGGGCCAGGCCACCACUGUGGAGAUCUUCCUGACACUCCAGUUCGUGCUCUGCAUCUUUGCUACAUAUGACGAGAGGCGGAAUGGCCGCAUGGGUUCUGUGGCCCUGGCUGUUGGCUUCUCCCUCACCUUGGGGCACCUCUUUGGGAUAUAUUAUACUGGUGCAGGGAUGAAUCCUGCCCGCUCUUUUGCUCCUGCCAUCCUCACCCGGAACUUCAGCAACCACUGGGUGUACUGGGUGGGCCCAAUCAUCGGAGGGGGCCUGGGCAGCCUUCUCUAUGACUUUCUCCUCUUCCCCCGGCUCAAGAGUGUUUCUGAGAGACUGUCUAUCCUUAAGGGAGCCAGACCCAGUGACUCCAAUGGACAGCCAGAGGGCACAGGGGAACCUGUGGAACUGAAGACUCAGGCCCUGUGA